AUGGCAAAAUCAAAUUCACAAGAUCCAACAUUGUCUGCCGAACCAACAUAUCAAAAAUCCGGGGAAAGGCAGCAAUCGAGCCUUUCAUAUUUGGCAAACACCGUGUCCAAAUUCGAGGAACGUCGAGGAGAUCUGGUGGACCGUCAGCACCACCUUAGGGACAAAAUCACGACAAUGGAAAGGUCCGUGCCAGCCCUGAUGGCAUUUAAUAUGUGGCUGGCAGCCGAGAAAUGCGAGGACGCGCCCCUUUGUAAAGUCAAAGAGAUUAUGAAUAAAUUUUCACCUCAUCCCGACCCCACGGAGAAACUCCUGGAGAACCUAGCGAACGCCGUAAAGAACUUCACCGGGGAGACCGCGGAAUUGCACGAUAAAAUAAUAGCUACCGAUAUUAAGCUGGAAGAAUCUGAUAUGGAACUGGAGUCGUUAGAACUCGCAAAUAAAGAGUUAGAAGAAAGAGUUACGGAAUUGCAAGAGGAGGUGAAAAAAUAUACCUUUCCUAGUCUCCACUCCAUCCACUCGGAGGACUUAGGAUGCUUGACGAGAAUUCGUCAAUUAGGCGAAGCAGAAGCGAAACUUCGAAAUCAAGUAAAAGAUUUGGAAGAAAAGGAAAGGCUCUACAAUGAGCAGAUGACGCAAAUUUUAACUUCGAAGGAGUUUCAAAAGGCAUCCGGUACUAAAAAAAUGACUAGCCGUAUUCAAGAAUUAGAACUCAACUCGAAAAAGAUGCAUUACGCUCUUCGGAAUCACAAAUAUAAUAUGCAUCAGAUGAAAAAGAAGCUCAUGCAAAAAGACAAGGAACUCGUAAGUAAGCUCUCGCAUAAAAUUAUGAGAUUAUCAUAACUUUUAUAAUUCUUUGAGGCUUCU